CUCCAAUUUCUCCGCCCAAAUUUAUUUCCUUUCCGCCUAUACAAUUCGCCGGAUCCCUUCCUGUCGCCGCUUCUCCCCGUCCUCCGGCGAUGGAGCAAAGCAUAUUGGACUCCCUCGGUGUCGAGAUCAUCGGCGUCAUGUCUCCCGUCUCCAUCUGCAUGCUCCUCGUAGUCCUCCUUGUCUCUACCCUAUCCCCCUCCUCUAUCUCUUCGUUCGAAUCCUCGGCCGCUUCCGCCACCACCGCUGCUACCCUCGUCUACGCUGAGUCCCCCUCCGAUCCCCCUGCCCGCCGCUUCGUCGGCGCCUUACUCAACGCUGCCGCCUUCGUGGCCCUUGUCGCGGUUGUCACCACUCUUCUCGUUGUCCUCUACUACUACCGCUUCACCGGCUUCCUCCGAAACUACGUCCGGUUCUCCGCCUUCUUCGUUAUCGCCUCCAUGGGCGGAUCCAUCCUCCUCACUGUUCUCCGCGCCCUUUCCCUUCCCCUAGACGCCGUUACCGCGAUGAUUCUCCUCCUCAACCUUUCCGCUAUUGGCGUUCCCGCCGUGCUCUCCGCAGCAGUUCCGAUCCUCCUCCGCCAGGCCUACCUUGUCGCCCUCGCUGUGAUCGUCGCCGCCUGGUUCUCCCGCCUCCCAGAGUGGACCACUUGGACUCUUCUCGUCGCCCUCGCGCUGUACGACCUCGCCGCUGUGCUCUGCCCCCGGGGCCCCCUCCGCGUCCUCGUUGAGCUCGCGUCCUCCCGGGAGGAGGAGCUCCCUGCGCUCGUCUAUGAAUCUCGCCCAGCCGGCUCCUCUGUCUCCCAUGCCAUGGCCGCCUUUGGCUCCGUCGAGCUCCAACCAGUGGAAACCACCACCCCCAAUCCUACCAUUUCUACUCAAAAUCCUGAUCCAGGCCCCAGAAUCAUAGAAGUACAUAGAAAUGAGGAGGAAACCUCACCUUUGAUGUCAAACGAGCCCAACAAUAGUGACACCGGCAAUGUACAUCAACCAUACAUUGCAACAAUGAGGGGGAGAGAUGUGGAAAGCAAUCAAGAUCCUUCUUCUUCUUCAUCUCUGAUGCCCACUUCAGAAAGCGAGGAAUUUGAUACAUCAAGAGGAAUCAGACUCGGCCUUGGGGAUUUCGUGUUCUAUAGUGUGCUUGUAGGAAGAGCAGCAAUGUACGAUCUGAUGACAGUAUAUGCUUGCUACCUUGCAAUUAUUGCUGGUCUUGCCUGCACAUUGAUCUUGCUGUCGAUAUGCCGCCAUGCGCUACCUGCCCUUCCAAUCUCAAUCGCAUUGGGUGUGGGGUUCUAUUUCUUGACGCGUUUGCUAUUGGAGCCAUUUGUUGUUGGAGCAUCGACUAACUUGGUGAUGUUCUGACACUUUGUUUCCUUCAAUCUCAUAGUAGAGACAUUAAAGUGGCUUAAUUGACUGGCCUUCACUGUUGGAUUAUGGAAAUGUAGUUGGUUGCUUCUGAAACAGUUGAACUUGAUUCUGUUGUUACAGCAUUCAGCUCGUGCUCAACUUUCAACAUUCUUCAGGUAUCUCACUGCUACAUUUAUUCCCCUCUACUUUAUUCAUCAUUGUUCUGCCAUUAGUUUACGAAAUUCAUUGGAUUUAAUGUAUAAUUUUAUCAUUUUCCCUCUCCAACUGCCUUUCACUUAUUAUAAAUGAACUCAUUUGGUGUUCCUGUCUAUGAACAUAUGACAGAGUAAAGUGCUAAUCUAUGUUUGUUGCUAGCUUAUGUUUCCUACAGCUUCAAGACAUUAGUUUCCGUAGCAUGAGAGACCCGCGUUACAAGAUCAAAUAAAUAGUUUAAAUAUAUUUUUAUCACAGUUUAUUUUUACACUGGCUCAAUCAGUUGAACAAAUGAUAAAUUAGUAGUAGAUAUUAUAGUUGUGGAUGUUGAUUAUCAUGGCACUAGAGAGAUUAUAUCUAUAUGAAGAAGGGAUUCUUAUCCAAUGGCACU